AUGGUUAAGCUCAAACGGCUUAAGCGGGAGUUGCAAAGCUGGAACAGGAGUACUUUUGGACAGGUAGACAAGCUCGUGAUUGCCGCCCAGAAAGAGUUGACAGAUAUUCAGCUGAAUAUUUCUUCCCAGGGAUAUACUGAUGAUCUUUUUGAUAAGGAGGUUCAAGCCCAGGCUAAAAUUAAUGUGGCGCUUUCCCAAAAGAGUUGUCUGUUGCAGCAAAAAAGUCGUGUGUCUUGGUUGAACGAUGGUGAUAGAAACACAGCCUUUUUUCAUGCUUCGCUGCGCUACAAACAAAAACCUAAUAGGAUUCAGUCCUUGAUGAUAGAUGGAAAUAUGGUUUCGGACCAGGAUAGUAUUGGGGAGCAUAUUGUUGAGUAUUUCACGAAGCUGUUUACGGAUGACUCUGGUUCUGAUGUUGGCAUUGCAGAUAUUGAGGCGGUCAUUGAGCAUGUGAUUUUGGAUGAUCAUAAUGCCAUUCUUUUGGCGAUCCCGACUGAUGAGGAGAUCUCCGCGGCUGUUUUCGGCAUGGAUUCUAAUAGCUCCCUAGGUCCUGAUGGAUUUUCCGGUAAAUUCUUUCAGGCUUGCUGGGAAAUUGUCAAAAAGGACAUUUGGAGGGCGGUUCGCACUUUUUUUGUUGGAUCUUAUCUUCCUACGGGUUGUAAUUCGAGUACGAUGGUUCUUAUUCCAAAGAAGAAGAAUGUGGUUUCGGUGUCUGACUUGAGACCUAUUGUCCUCUCCAACUUUUUCUUCAAGAUUAUUUCUAAAGUGUUGGCGGUGAGGCUUAGCUUUGUUGCGUCGAACUACGUCUCGCAAAAUCAGUUUGGUUUUAUUCAUGGGCGAUCUAUUCACGAUUGUAUCCUGCUGAGAUCGGAGGGUUACAAUUGCAUGCGGCGUACGGGGUGA